AUGGCAGCGGCGGCGAACUGUGGAGAUGGUAUUGAUAUAAUCGGCGGGGCUGUUCGCGGCGAAGGAGGACCGUUCGUGGAGAUGGCGGCGGCCGUCAGUCGCCGGCGAGGGUCAUGGUGUCGGUUCAUAUCUCGCUGGUUGCGCCUGGGUUGGUGCCAGCGGCAACGGUACACGGUUGCUCUCGCCGUGAAUCCCAGUGCAUCGGCGGCGGAAUAUGGUGUCUACGGCGAGGCUCAUGGUGGCCGAAUAAGAUGUCUACGGCAAAUUGAAUUUGUCUGUGCGUGCGUAAUAGACAGAGAGAGGAAAGAGAAUGAGUGGGAAGAGAGAGAAAAGAGAAUUAAUGGGAUGGAGAUGGUAUGUGGGGCCCACAAUGUGAACUGUCAGUCCGAAUAUUUUACACUAUUGCCCUUCUACCCACGUGUAUGA